AUGAUUUACAUGUGAAUGUUGUGCCCUCUGCAUGAACCCGUGUUAAAUGUCUUCAUCGCUGAGCUCAUCGAUGACUCACCGAACACUUCUGUCUUCUUUCAUGGCGUCCGAGAACACACGCUGAACUUUAUACAACCAUCAGAAAGACCUCCCGACGCAAACAUGUUAGGGUCGAGUUCUGUAAAGGUUUUAUUACUGGCAGUCGCGGUUGGUGUGUAUCUCAUUCCCUCCCCUAUUGAUCCCGAGCCAUACAUAUUCGAGGGCCCCCCGCCUGCUCUGAUCGGCCCUCUGGCGGUAAACACACGGCUACAGAAAGGUCGACGACUAUUUUCUGGUCAACUCAAAGGCCCGGAGUCUUUCACAGCUGACCAGAACGGAAACAUCUACACAGGCACCGUCGACGGGAAGCUGUGGAGAAUCAGCAAUGAAUCCCUAACUUUCAUCACUCAGAUGGGCCGUGACAUCCCUGAAUGUGGCACGAGUACGGACUAUGAGCCAGUAUGUGGUCGCCCACAUGGUCUGCGGCUGGACCGUGACGGGCAUCUUAUCGUGGCCGACUCUUACCAUGGUCUGUUUAAAGUUGACCCGUGGACUGGAGAAAAGACACUGCUGCAUUCUAGCAAAGAGGGAGCUGAUGGGAUUCCCUUUGGCUUUCUGAACGGUCUGGAGAUUUCUAAAAACGGUACCGUGUUUUUCACGGACUCCAGCAGUAAAUGGGGAAGACGUCAUGUCCGUUAUGAGGUGUUGGAGACAAACCAUCUGGGGCGUCUCCUCUCGUAUGACCCUGUGUCUGGCCGGGUUCGGACAUUGUUGGAUUCUCUCUACAUGCCUAAUGGCUUUGCCUUCUCACCUGAUGAGGACUUUCUGCUCCUGGCUGAGACCAGUAUCGGACAUAUUAUUAAGUUCUGGUUGAAAGGGCCUAAAGCAGGGACUAAGGAGGUCGUCCUGAACAACAUGAUCGGUUACCCUGAUAACAUCCGCCUCAGUGAGCAUGGCACGUUUUUGGUGGGCAUAACCACCGUUAGAUUCAGGGGCCGACUUUUCCCACCAUUUUUGGAUCUCAUUGGUCCGUAUCCUGCUCUUAAACGCUUCAUAGUGAAGCUUGUUCCUCUCAGCUGGUAUAAUGUUCUUCUACCCAAGUAUGGGUUGAUUCUGGAGCUGGGGCCUGAUGGAGAGGUCAUCGACAGCCUCCACGACCCCACAGGCAGCCUGACGUGGGCAGUCAGCGAUGUCUUCCAGCAUGGGGCGCACUACUAUCUGGGCAGCACUGACCUGCUGUUCCUUCCUGUUCUAGAGGAGUGGAGCUGACCGUCCGAGAUGCUUACAGGUGGACUCACACAUGGGAAAAGUGGGACUUUUGAUAACCUCUCAUAGAAAAUGUAAAAUGAUUUGCAUUUUAACAAUGCACUGCAGCCUUCUGAGAAAACUACAAGUGGUCAUAACUGUGAAUUCUGUGACUUUAAGUCUGUUUUAGCCAUUAUAAUUUGUGUAACACAGAUGUUUUAACUCUGUUAGUGCCACAUUCUGUUUUGUUUUAUAAUGCACUGGUCAACAUGUGCAAAAGAAAUGCACAAUAUGAUCAUUUUGAUCCAUAGCUGUUCCCAAUAAAAACAUUUCCUUAUGCUAAUGUAAUGCAAAACACAGAAAUAAUAAUAUUAUAGUAUAAUAUAGUAUUAUAUAUAAUAUAAAUAAUAAAAAAGACUUGUGAAUGAUUUAAGCAAAAAACCACAGCAACAAAAAUAAUUUCAGAAUGCUUUUAUCAAUCAAACACGCAAGACAAAAGUCCACACCAACCAUAGCAAUGCUACUAACAAAUAUAAUGAAAGAAUUAUGUGCAAAACAUCAUUAAACAUGUCAGACAUGUUGAUCACAGACUGGAAA